GUCUCGCCCAAUAUAUUUAUGUAUACGUUAACUAGCAAGAAAGGGAGUAGGCCUAUGGAGUUCUAUCUGGUGAAUUCGGCAGACGGAAUUAACACAACGAAUGGAUCAGAUCAGAGCUACCAAUGGACAUACCCUCCUUAUUUAGAACAUUCCCCGGGAAAGUUUGCAGUUUACAUAUUCAUUGCUGCAACAUUUUCCGUAUUGGGAGUUUUUGGAAACCUUCUUACAAUCAUCUCAGUUUUUCGGGAAAAUGUGUUACGAGUUCCCGAGAACAUGUUCUUAGUGUCAUUGGCCACUGCUGAUAUACUGGUUGCUGGAUGCGUACUGCCUUUCGGCAUUGCAGGUGUAGUAGAAGGAGAGGCGUACUUCUACCAUAGAGUCAAGUUAUGUGAAUUUCUAGGAGCUGUUUGUUUUCUUAGUUGUCAGUGUGCAUUCUGGUCUAUAAGCGGGCUGGCAGUGAACAGAAUGAUUUUACUUUGCUUUCCAAAGCUUUACAAGAGAAUCUUUACUUGGAAGACUACGCCAGUCAUUGCCUUCAUACCAUGGUCGAUUGCUUUGAUGUCAAUGCUACCGAUGUUUUUAAGCUGGGGUAGAAUGGAGUAUCACCCAGAGAGCAUGAUAUGCAUAUUCGACUAUGAUGAUGUACGACCUAAAAUGUUCGUUUUCGCAGUAAUAUUUCUAUUACUUUUGGUCACGUUUGUAUCAAUUGUCGUCGCACAUCUCAAGUUGAAUUCAAAGAAGCGACAGCUGUCCUCGAUAGCGCCUAAUAUUUCAUUGAUGGAAGCUUUCGUUGAUGACAGUAAUUCAAAACAUGCAAACUACAACGUCGACGACAAAACGAAACAGCUUCGUCGAGAAAUGGCUGAAAUAGCCAUAACUGGGCGGUUGCUAAAGGCAAUCUUCAUCGCUUCUUUGAUAUGGAUGCCUUACGUAGUUGUCCUUUUGUCACAUCAUAUCGUCAAUUAUGGGAGAGAUUUGUGGGCAUUUGCAAAUCUUCUUGGCCAUAUGCAGCCGGGGUUAGAUUUUAGGGUUGGUUAUAAAAACGCCCUGUGUCUGAUUUUCUGUUGCAAGAAGCAGGAGUAUGCUGCAGUUGAAAAUGCAUAA